AUGCAAAACGGCAGCCCGAACGGCCCAUCACCUGAAGAUGAAGUUCUAACACCCGUUCCGGAUUCUCCACGCCUCGAAGAAGCCAUUUUGGAAAACCGGGAUGAUUCGACCCCUUCCGAGGAGGUCCCUUCGGCACCCAAAGACGAUGAACCUACCCAUCAACUAGAAGGUCCGCCAUCCAAGAAGCGACGACUUACAGAUACUACUCCAUCGCGUCGGACUACACCCAGGCCACCUUCACCACCAUGGAAGAAGGUCGGGGUCGAUGGACCGACAUCGUUUACCGUGGAGGGCCGACGCAGGUCUUCGCGGACGAACGCGAUCCCACUGGAGAUGCAGCCUCAAUCUGGCAAACGGCAGACGCGCGCAGCACAAAAUCAAUAUGUCCAGAAGAAUGCUCGUGAUGGUACAAAACCUGCCACAUCGUCCCCAUUGGCGGUGACGCAGUCGCGUGCUGCUGGGGUCAAUGGGAAGGUUGGUGGCAAGGUCACGACUAAUGGAUCCCCCAAGACGGGAUCUACAAGAAGCGUUGCCACAGGGAAUAAACAGCCAAUCUCACAAUCUCCAGCGCCGAAACCCUCGAACCACUCCCGCGCGCGAUCCCGAAGCUCCGCGAACCCCCCACGCGCCCCUCGUCCUAGUACCCACGGCGCCAGCCCUCGUCAACUUCGCGAUCGCCCCUCGCUUUCGGCGACAUCGCCCGGCGCCGGUGAUGGGUUAGACUAUACUUAUAACAAUAAGGAGGGAAGUGAUGAAGGUACCAUCAAGGUCCCGCGACUGCGAAUCAAGGUGAAGAAGCCGGUUCUGCCGAUCCGACACCCUGGCCACGUUUCCAACAAAAAAUACGAGUCAUUCCGACAAUGGGUGGAAAAUGAAGAUGCCCCUAGCCUGUUGUCAUCCGAGGAGGCUCUCGAAGAGGCGAGGAGACGAUGUGAAGUGGUUGAUGCAGCACAGCCUGGAGGCCCAUUAAGCUCAGAGGUCUGCUCGGCAUACAUUACAGACCAGCAGGAGGAACCCCCUCCACAAUACUCGCAUCACGAUCAUCUCGUGGCGCAUGCGCUAUACUUCCAGAAGCUCUUGGAUAAGGAACACAAGCGGCACCGACAGAUGGCCAAGCUGGUCGCUCAAUGGUGCGCCGACGCGUAUCGGAAGCGUCACAAGAACCCGGAAGACAUCCUUCGAGAGCAGCAGGAGGAAAUGCGCGGGAAGCGGAAGCAGGUGGCCAAGGAUCUUCAGAAGAUGUUUGAUCUAGCGCGCGCCGAGAUUGACCGAGCACGUCUUGCCCGCUGGGAAGAGGAACGGAAGGUGCAAGACCAGCAGGCCCUUGACCGUGCAAUCAAGAAAUCCACGAUGCUCUUUGAGAAGCGUCGAUCUGAGAUUCUGGGUGAAGUCAACAGCGAUGCCCCCGCUACAAGUGACGAUGACGGAGAGGCUGACUCGGAUUCCGAGUUGGACUCUUCCGAUUCUGACCAUGAGAGCAACAUGUCAACUUCGGAAUCUGAAACUGACGAGGAAGCUAAUAUUGAUGAUGAUGCUGCAUUGACUGCCGAGGAACUCCGACUAAAGUACGCGAAUUUGCCAGCAGAAGACACUCUAGACGAAGUCUCUGUGACCUCUGGCAUACCAGCGUCAGCCAUCGACAGUGAGGCUACUCCGGCUCAACUGGAUGACGUUGAUUCUGUUUUAAUGGACGAUAGUGAUGAGUCAACGGACAUGGAUGAUGAUAUGGGUGACAGCGACGAGGAAGCGGAAUCAGAUGAUGAAGAAUCCGAAGAGGGCAGCGAUGAUGAUGGCGCCCCCGGACUUCUUGGCUUCUUCUCUUCCAAGGAUCUUCCUGCAUCCAAAGAGGACGAGGAGGGAGAUGGCGAAGCAGCGGAUGAUGAAGAUGUCAACUUCGAGGACCCAGACGAAGUCUCUCUAAUUCCUAAUGGCCAUGACUCCUCGCGCGAGGGAACUCCCAUGGAGGUUGUUGAGGCUUCUGCUGAAGCCACCCCGAUUGACACUGAAGCAACCCCAAUUGACACUGAAGAUGCCUCAAUGGUUGACACUCCAAUGGAGGAUCAAGGCCAAUCGACCGAAUCACCAGCACAUUUCGAACUUACCACCGCUUCCGAAACUCCAGCUCCAGCGGAAGAACUCGCCGAAUCCCAGUCAAUGGACCUGGAGCCGAUUGUUAAUGGCACGCGACCAAGUGGGGAACUUUCUAGUGAGGCAUCGCCCGGCACUUUCGCAACCAAGCCAUCCGAGCCAGAAUCUGUAUCUUCAUAUGAGCCUGCGCUAGAGAAGGCGCUGCAAACAAGUCACUCGCCUGCUCCCGGCUUGAAGACACCCAUUCCGCAUCUCUUGCGCGGUACGCUACGUGAGUACCAGCAUUACGGUUUGGACUGGCUUGCCGGUCUCUAUAACAAUCAUAUCAACGGUAUCUUGGCCGAUGAGAUGGGUCUUGGUAAAACCAUUCAAACCAUUGCCCUGCUCGCUCAUCUCGCUGUUGAUCAUGGCGUCUGGGGCCCCCAUCUUGUUGUUGUCCCAACCAGUGUCAUGCUCAACUGGGAGAUGGAGUUCAAGAAAUGGUGCCCUGGCUUCAAGAUCAUGACUUACUAUGGUAAUCAAGAGGAGCGCAAAGCGAAACGCCGAGGCUGGACUGACGACAAUGCUUGGAAUGUGUUGAUCACCUCAUAUCAACUAGUCUUGCAGGACCAGCAGACUCUUAAGAGGAGAAACUGGCAUUACAUGGUCCUUGACGAGGCGCACAACAUCAAGAACUUCCGGUCGCAGAGAUGGCAGGCUCUUCUGACUUUCCGUACACGGGCCCGCCUUCUCCUGACUGGUACACCGCUUCAGAAUAACUUGACGGAGCUGUGGUCUCUUCUCUUCUUCUUGAUGCCUUCAGAUGGUGAUGGCAAUGGUAUCGAGGGCUUCGCAGACCUCAGAGACUUCUCCGAGUGGUUCCGACGACCAGUCGAACAGAUCCUGGAGCAUGGAAGGGAGACUAUGGAUGACGAGGCUAAGCAAGUGGUCACCAAGCUUCAUACCGUUCUGCGCCCUUACAUUCUACGUCGUCUCAAGGCCGAUGUCGAGAAGCAGAUGCCUGGCAAGUAUGAACAUGUGAUCUACUGCCGACUCUCAAAGCGUCAGCGAUUCCUCUACGAUGGAUUCAUGUCCAUGGCCCAGACGAAGGAGACUCUUGCAUCAGGCAACUUCCUUUCCAUCAUCCACUGUCUCAUGCAGCUCCGCAAGGUUUGCAACCAUCCCGAUCUCUUCGAGACAAGACCGAUUUCCACGUCCUUUGCCAUGCCACGAUCCGUUGCUACGGACUACACUGUCAAAGAGUCCUUGGUUAGACGGCGUCUGCUCUUUGACCAUCCUCUCACCAAGGUUGAUCUGGACUUCCUCAAUCUCGCCCCGGUGUCAAGAGAGGAUAUCUCACGAAGACUCGCGGAUGAUAGCAUCCGGCUGAUGGCAUUUGCUCCGUUCAAGGCCCUGCGUGAACGUCAGUACAACCGAACCAACUGGCAGAUGACCUUUGACGGAUCCACCAUGGAGACGACCCUACAGUCUCUGGAGAACGCUACUCGGAAGCGGAGAAUGGCUGAGCUCGAGCGGUGCCUGUACUUUGAAUCCAAGCGCCACGGUCGCCGACCAGUAUAUGGCAGCAGCCUGAUCGAGUUCUUGCGAGCCGGUACCAACAAGGAGCACGCGCUAUCCAAUGCCCCUCUACGAAAGAGCAAUAUGGCCGAGUGGCUGUCCAGCCGGUCGUCCGUUCUUGCGUCGAUGAUUCUGACGAUUGAGGAGCGCUCUCUUGAGAUGGAUAGCUACGUUCAGAGGUUCGCCUGCGUUACUCCUGCGGCCGUCGCUGCAGGGACCACUGAGGCUGCCUUGACGCCUGUCGAGACUCGUCUUCUCACCAAUACUUCCAAGGAGCAGCCUUACGACCCCUUCCACGAAGCACGCAUGCGCCUUUCCAUCGCGUUCCCAGACAAGAGAUUGCUACAGUACGACUGUGGUAAGCUUCAACGGCUUGACAAGCUGCUGCGCGACCUCAAGGCUGGUGGCCAUCGCGCCCUCAUCUUCACGCAGAUGACCAAGAUGCUUGAUAUCCUGGAGCAGUUCCUCAAUAUUCACGGGCACCUAUAUCUCCGACUCGACGGAACUACGAAAGUUGAGUCGCGUCAGAUGCUCACCGAACGGUUUAACAGUGACCCUCGAAUCCUAGCUUUCAUCCUGUCUAGUCGAUCGGGUGGCCUGGGUAUCAACCUUACAGGUGCCGACACCGUCAUCUUCUACGACCUGGACUGGAACCCAGCGAUGGACAAGCAAUGUCAAGACCGUUGCCAUCGUAUCGGACAAACUCGCGACGUGCACAUCUACCGAUUCGUCUCCGAGUACACCAUCGAGUCUAACAUUUUGCGCAAGGCCAACCAGAAGCGCAUGCUCGAUGACGUGAUCAUCCAAGAGGGCGAGUUCACCACGGAUUACUUCACCAAACUUCGGGAAACAGAAGCUGCCACAGAAACCGAAGACACCCGUGAUGGCAACGACGAAGCCAGUGCUGCCAUGGAUAGGGUCCUAGGCAACCGAGUUUCUACCGGCACGAAGGCCUUCGAGCAGGCCGAAGAUAAGGAAGAUAUCGAUGCGGCGAAAAACGCGCAGAAGGAGCUUGAACAUGCGGACGAUGGCGACUUUGAGGAUCGCACUCCGUCCCAUGGCACGCCCGCUCAGGCUGGUACGCCACUCGCGGUCGGCGACGAGGGCACGUUGCAUCCCGAUGGUGCAAAUGCAAGUGCCGGUGGUGUAAGUGCCGUGACCGAGGUUGCCGGAGAUGCGGAACAAGAACCGUGCCACAUCGACGAUUAUCUUCUCCGCUUUAUGGAAUGGAACAUGCGUGAUGAGCCCCUGGUGUUACCCGUGGACAAAAGCAAAAGGAGGUCCAAGAAGGGCAAGGAGCACCGGCUCAAACGACGCCGUUGA